AUGCCUUUUGAGCUGGGCUCUAUCUCGAGCCAGAAGUAUCCUUCCAGGGAGCACGCCCGAAAGGUGUACAGUCAUUUCAAAAGUAUCAAAAUAAAUAACCCAGUCGGUUUCUUUUUGAGUGGGGAAAACCUUGACUAUUAUGACUACUGCGACCAAACCAAACCUUUUCGUCAAAACCGGUAUUUCUACUACUUAAGUGGCUGUGAAAUACCAGGAUCCCAUGUCUUGUACCUUGCAGAUGCUGAUGAAUUGACGCUAUUCCUUCCUGAUGUCAAUGCAGAAGAUAUUAUGUGGAGUGGACCCCCUCUUCUGCGGGAAGAAGCUUUGGAAAAGUACGAUGUGGAUAAUGUCCAAUAUUCUCAAAAUUUGAAGAAAGAGCUUGCAAGCUUAAAACAGAAAGAAGUUGCUGUUUUUACAAUGACAUUUAACAAAUGGAGUUCUCCUUUCGCAGAAUUUUUGACCGAAGACAAGAACACCUUGAAGUUUGCAUUGGAUGAAUCGAGGUUAAUCAAAGACUCAUUUGAAUUGUCUCUCAUGAGACGUGCUGCAUCAAUCACAGAUAAAUGUCAUCUUGCUGUGAUGUCGGCUACCCCUAUUGAAACGAACGAGACUCAUAUACACGCCGAGUUUAUGUAUCAUGCUCUUAGACAGGGUUCCAAGUAUCAACUGUAUGACCCAAUUUGCUGUGCAGGCCCGAACUGCUCGACAUUACACUAUGUUAAAAAUGAUGAUGAAAUCAACAGCGAGAAAAGGUCGAUCCUUAUUGACGCAGGGGCUGAAUGGAGCUGUUAUGCAUCAGAUGUAACAAGAUGUUUCCCAAUCAAUGGAGACUGGACCAAAGAGCACUUGGAAAUUUACAAUGUUGUUUUGAAAAUGCAGCAAGUAACAAUGUCAAUGAUCAAACCUGGAGCUUUGUGGGACGAUAUCCAUUUGGAGGCACACAGAGUGUUGAUUAGAGAGUUCAUUCGUCUUGGUAUUUUCACUAAUGCAGAUGAAAAGACAAUAUUUGAUUCAGAUAUAUCUGCUAGAUUCUUUCCGCAUGGUCUUGGGCACUUGCUAGGAAUGGAUACCCAUGAUGUGGGCGGGAAUCCUCGUUACGACGACUCGAACCAAAAAUUGAAGUAUUUGAGAUUGAGGAGAGAAUUGCAGAAAAACAUGGUAUUGACUGAUGAGCCUGGCGUUUACUUCUCGCCAUUUCUCCUCGAUGACAUCUUGAGCGAUCCUACCAAACUGAAAUUUAUUGACACAAAAAUUCUCGACAAGUAUUGGUACGUGGGAGGCGUUCGGAUUGAGGAUGAUUUAAUUAUUACUGAGGACGGAUUUGAAAAUAUGACUAAAAUCACUUCUGACCCUACAGAAAUUUCUGAAAUUAUCAAAAGCAGCUCUGAAAAAGGAGCCCAAAGAUUUCACAAUUUAGUAUAG